GCCGUACGGACGGCCACGCCUCCGUACGUACGUGGCGUACGUAUGUGGAUUCGAUGCCCGAUGGGCAUCUGCAAUGAUCCAGCCACUUUUCAGCGAGCCAUGAAUAUGGCUUUCCAGAACUUUGUGCGGAAGAAGCGGUUGACACAGAGCAUCAUCAAUUACUGCGUGAUCGUGUACAUGGAUGAUAUUCUGGUGUACUCAAGCUCCUAUGAGGGGCACGUGCAGCACAUCGAAUGGGCAUUGCAUGCGUUGAGGGAUGCCGGUUUCAAGGUAGCGUUAGAAAAAUUCCCACUCCUCGAUCCAAGGCACAGGUUAGUGUGGCGUGAGACCUUUGUCGAUCUGUCGAUGUGCUUAGUGAGAGUAAAGGUGACGUGGAUGCGCACCGACGAGCACCAGGAGUGGAUCGAGUACCUGGAACUGCUGAUUAUACAGGCGUGGAGAACUGACGUGGAGGGCGAUCUUCUCGGUUUUCUGUUCGGAUCGAUGCGGCCCGGCCAUCGCCAGCCAACUGUUCAAGAACUCAUCGUCCCUCUCGCGCAGCUGGUAGACCUCUCCCUCGAUAUCGUGUCGCAAAGCGACGCAAGUCCGGCUCCACACGUUCUUACACGGACAUUGGAUCCAUAUCUCCAGUGGACUGCGUGCUUGGAGGAGCCCGGGAGUGGAGUCCCGCCGUCGCAGCAGGAGAACCUGAAGCCGUACGGAAUCAUCAAUCGUGCUCGGUACCCGCUGCGAGAUCCAUCCGAGGAGGCGGCGGGAGAAGAAGAGGAAUCUACCGAGGAAGAGGUCGACGCCGAAGAAGAAACGCCGGAGGAGGGAAAGUAUAGUGAGCACAGCGAGGGGGAACAAAGUGAAGAAGAGGAAGAAGAAGUGGAAGACGACGAAGAGGAGGCAGCCGGAUCGGAGUGGGAAGCCCUGCCGGAAGAAGCAGUGCGCACGGGCACAGAAGUAGAAGAUCCCGAGGCGGCACGUAAGAAGGAAGAGAUCACUGACGGGAAACCGAAACUAGAAUUUGCUAGCGGGGCGAGUCUGCGCAUCCACGACGACCCGAGCCGAGAUCCGGAGCCACCCCGACCCGAAGAUGGCGACCUCGCGGCCACGGCUCCAAGCGCAUUGCGGCGGAGACGGAGCCGAUCCUCCUCCCCCUCCACCCCAGCCCGUCCCCCAGUUCGUCCACGUACCGAUGCGGGGGAUCGGCCUUCGUCCCCGGUCGUUAUCCCGCCGUCUGCUUGACUACCUCACCUUCCGCCAGAUUUCCACCCCCGUCACUUUCCCUCGC